CUGAAUCCUGCCUCGGGGCAAUACUGUCCAAACAAGUAGACAGAAUGGCGCACACACUGCUCUGUUUCAGACAAAAUCUGUUUCCUCAGAAGAAAGUUUACACAGCUAUCAAGUAAAGUAGUUAUUCAAUAGCCCAUAGUAGUUGUCAGCAAUAGUCAUUCAAGGAAACUCUUAAUUCUGGUCCCAGACUAUGCUAAAUAUCUCAAAAUUUGCCACUGCUUGUGCCUUGAAGUGUCAUCGGUCCCUGCAAACCAUUCCUUUCAAAUGGAACACGGUGGAGCCAUAGCAUGCAGCAUUGCCAACUUCCUCCUGCUAAGGGAGGGCAUCUGUUUUUUUUCUAGAUAUAUCCAUACGUCUGUUUUGAAGGUAUAUGGAUAAUAGGAUGUACACAUCCCACACUAAGCCAUGCAAGGAAAGACAUUCAACGGGAAACAAGCAGAUGACCCACUCCGCCUAUUGGCAGUGAAGCAGCUAUAAAAGCUAAGUGGAAAUUGCUUUUAUGAUCCUUCAAACACAGGGAGGUAACCAAGUUAGGACGUGCCCAGGUGAAGUCCUGACUGACAAGCACGUGUCAGAACCUCCCCAAGAUGCAAGAGCAAAGCAGAGACAGAUGAUUUCUCUCAUCAAAGAAGUUCCAAUGAAUUGCACAGCCUUUCUUAGCUGAGAGACCAGAUGAGACCAGAGACCCAUGGAGGAUUCAAGCUUUUGGUCAGGGGGCCUGUGUGAAAACACAGAAGCUCAGAUUGAUAUAUCUAUGAUAGCAAUAGGGGUGAGGUGGUGGAAAAGGGGUCAAGCAUCAUGGGAAGGGUGCGGCAGUGUUGCUUGAAGAAAGAAAGAAACCUUGGCACUAAAAUCUGCUAUUCUUGCUGCUUCAUGUUCUUUGCCUACUGUUCUGGAUUUUCAGCCUAAUGCCUAGUUGGUCAUUUAGUAUGUUUUUUUUCAUAAUCAAUCUUUCCCCAAAAAUGGAGCAGGCUGUUGUGUUGGAAGACUUGCAUCCUCGGGGCCUGAUUCUGUUUUCUUUGCAGCGGCGUGACUCUUCAGGGAAGCUGAGAUUGGAACCAAGUGCCAUAAAAUGGUACUCACAAGCUUUGCAGCUGUAAUUCCCCACGGAUGCCACUCCACCAGGGAAACCCAGUGUGGAACGGGACUCAGGCAUUUCUACAUCCAUGUUCCUAACAAGAUCCUGCAGCCUCACGGUCUCCUAAUUUGAGCUUUCUACAAAAUUGCUUUCGUGGAAGGUAAUUCAGCUACUCUUUCCGACUGUGGUGUGUGUGACACAGCAAUGCAUAAAUUAGUCAUCUCUGAGGAGCAUUCACAAAUUUCCACAGCUUGAAGGUAAAGUGGCUUCUGUACAUGACUCAAUUCCACAUUUGAUUGGAAGGAAUGGUGGGUUUUCCCCCAUUAGAAAGGGAAUUUUGUGCAAGACUCUCUUAAAAGGAGCAUCUGCCCCUUCUGUCAGCCAUCAGACUGAGUUGUAUUCGAAGCCAGAAUGCUGCUGUACAUCCUCUUCUCCUGUUUGCUGCUUGUUGUGCAAGCACGUACGAUUUGCCGAGUUCGUGAAACUAUCGAUCUUACAAACGAGUUACUUGUAAAGCUUGAAGACUGUGAGUGUACUGAAACUAACCAUAAUUCAUGCUUAUGUCUUCCCAUUCCAAACAAUGCCUGUUUAACAUGCUUUGAGACACACAAUGAAGAAAUAGAAGAAAAAUUGUCUACUAUUGGCAGUGACGGUAGGCGUUUGUAUCGCUACCUUCAGCAACUUCGAAACUGGAAGCUGUGCGCACCACUCUUUAAUUGUAAUGAAACCUGCGAUGCUUCCCCAGGGAACAUGAUGACUUUCUUAACAACAGUCCGAGCAGCUUUGCAAAAACUGCAGCACCAAUAAUGGAAAAGGGAAAAAAAUUAUUUAUUGUAUUUAUUCUCUAAAUAACAUAUAAAUAAGAUUUAAUAUAUACAAACUGUAACAGGCAAUUUACUUAAAAAAAUAAAACUAAUUUAUAUAA